AUGGAUUCCGAUAUCAUGGAGGACUCGGUCUUCAACGACCUUGAAGAUGAGUCUGAUGCGUAUUCCCCAGAAGCAAAGCCCAAGGCGAAAGCCCCGGCGAAGAAGGCUGCUGCACACAAAGCAGCCAAGGCAACCAAGCCUGCGGCGAAGAAGCUGACGCAAACCAAGUUGACCACCAAACCCGCUGCCAAGAAGCGGCCGAAGCCUGAGAGUGAUGACGACGACGGAGCCAUGGACAUCGACGGCAUCAGCGACCUGUCACACACGCCACCAAGCGCCAAGAAGCAAAAGAAGGCCCCGGCCAAGAAGUCAAGCGGGCGCCCUCUCGCCGAGAUUGAGAAUGACAGCCUUGUCCAGCUCGACGGCCCUUCAGAGCCCAAGAGCAAGAAGACGGCGACAGAGACGUACCAGAAGCUCACACAGCUAGAGCACAUCCUGAAGCGUCCCGACACCUAUAUUGGGUCUGUCGAGCGGACAGAGCAGCAGAUGUGGGUGUACAACAAGCAGGCCGAGCAGAUGGAGAAGCGGGCAGUCUCCUUCGUGCCUGGUCUGUACAAGAUCUUCGACGAAGUCCUGGUCAAUGCUGCCGAUAACAAGCAACGCGACCAGAAGGGCAUGUCUUUCAUGAAGAUCACGGUGGAUCGCGAAGGUGGCGAGAUCACUGUAGAGAACAACGGAAAGGCGAUCCCUGUUGAGAUGCACGAGAAAGAAAAAGUCUUCAUUCCUGAGAUGGUCUUUGGACAUCUUCUGGCUGGUUCCAACUUUGAUGAUCACGAGAAGAAAACUGUCGGUGGUCGAAACGGUUAUGGUGCCAAGCUCUGUAACGUCUUCAGCACGCAGUUCUCCAUUGAAAUUCAGGACUCUGCCAAUGGCAAGCGGUACAAGCAGACUUGGAGAGACAAUAUGACCAAGAUGGACAAGGCCAAGAUCACCUCCAGCAAGACAUCCGACUUUGUCCGGGUCAGCUUCAAGCCUGAUUGGGCCAAGUUUGGCAUGCCAGAUGGCAUCGACGAUGACCUUGAGUCGCUCAUCUACCGCCGUGUCUAUGAUAUGGCUGGUACGGUCGACAACGUCAAAGUCUACCUCAACGGAACCCUGCUCAAGGGUGGCUGGAAGAAGUACUGUGAGAUGUAUGCGAAAGCCAUCGCCAAGGAGCGCGAUGACGCACCCGAGGGAGAAGAGCCCAGUGCUGCCCAGGUCAUAAUCGAGGAUAGCAAGACCAACAAGCGCUGGCAGGUCGGCUUCACUGUAUCAGACGGCUCUUUCCAGCAAGUAUCAUUCGUGAACUCGAUCGCAACCACAUCCGGCGGAACUCAUGUCAACUAUAUCUCUGACCAGAUCUGCCAGGCGCUGCUCAAAGACCUGAACAAGAGGAGCAAAGGCCACACCCUCAAGUUGAACCACGUUCGCAACUACAUCUUCAUCUUUGUCAAUGCUCUCAUCGACAACCCGGCCUUCACCUCACAGACCAAGGAGCAGAUGACCACCAAGGUGAGCGCUUUCGGCAGCAAAUGCGUGCUCAGUGAGACCUUCCUCAAGAAGAUUCGCGCCACGGAGGCCAUCGACAAUAUCAUGCAUUUUGCAGAGAAGAAGGCCGACAAGAUGAUGGCCAAGAGCGACGGUAACAAGCGGUCACGUAUCAACAACGACAAACUUGUCGAUGCCAACUUGGCAGGCACGAGGUACGGCCACGAGUGCACACUCAUCCUGACGGAGGGUGACUCUGCCAAAGGUCUCGCUGUCGCCGGUCGAGCUGUUCUUGACCCUGACCGUAUCGGUGUCUUCCCACUCCGUGGCAAGAUGCUCAACGUCCGAGACGCCUCGAUUGAGCAGAUCACCAAGAAUAAAGAGAUCCAGAACAUCAAGCAGUUCCUCGGACUCAAGCACAAGCAGACCUAUACCGAUACCAAGGGCCUCCGAUAUGGCCAUCUGAUGAUCAUGGCCGAUCAGGAUCACGAUGGUAGCCAUAUCAAGGGUCUUCUGAUCAACUUCCUUCAAGUCCAAUACCCCUCCCUUCUCAAGAUCCCCGACUUCUUCCGAGAGUUCAUCACUCCGGUGGUCAAGGUUUGGCAAGGCCCCAACCCCAAGAAGCCGCUCAGGCUCAAGUCCUUCUUCACCAUCCCGCAAUACGAGGAGUGGAAGGAAUCACACGCUCAUGAGAUCAAGCGGUGGCAUUCAAAGUACUUCAAGGGAUUGGGAACCAGCACCAACGAGGAUGCACAAGUCUACUUUACCAAUCUCGACGACCACUUGAAGGAGUUCCACACUAUGAAGACUGAGGAGGCCGAGUUGUUCGACCUAGCUUUCUCCAAGAAGAAGGCCGACGCUCGCAAGGAGUGGCUUGGCAACUUUGUCCCCGGUACUUUCCUAGACCACUCAACCAAGUCCAUCACUUACAGCGACUUCGUCAACAAGGAGCUCAUCUUGUUUAGUAUGGCCGACAACAUGCGGUCAAUUCCUUCCAUGGUUGACGGUCUUAAGCCGGGUCAACGCAAGGUCAUAUAUGCCUGUUUCAAGCGGAACCUGGUCAAGGACAAGAAGGUGAUCGAGUUGGCUGGUUACGUGUCUGAGAAAACCGCCUAUCAUCACGGUGAAGCAUCUCUGCAGCAGACCAUCGUCGGUCUUGCGCAGAACUUUGUUGGCUCGAACAACGUCAACUGCUUGGAACCCAGCGGUAACUUCGGUUCGCGUCUAGCCGGCGGCUCAGAUGCUGCCAGCGCUCGUUACAUCUUCACGCGCCUCUCCCCCUUCGCCCGUCGAGUUUUCUCGCCGCUGGAUGAACCCAACCUGGACUUCCAGUAUGAGGAUGGCAAGAUGAUCGAACCCAGGGUCUACGUUCCUGUCCUUCCGAUGGUGCUUGUUAACGGUGCUGAUGGUAUUGGCACUGGCUGGAGUACCUCCAUCCCGAACUACCAUCCCGUGGAGAUUGUCAAGAACCUGAAACGUCGCAUGGGCCGCUUGGACGAUGAUGGAGAAGAGAAGCCGUUUGAGCCCAUGACUCCUUGGUUCCGUGGCUGGAAGGGCACCCCAGAACCGGAAGUCGGAACCGGCAAGAUCAAGUUCGACGGUAUCGCUUUUCAAGAUGACAAGAAUCCUAACGAGGUAGUUGUCACCGAGUUGCCUAUCCGGAUGUGGACCGAUGACUUCAAGUCCAAGAUUGAAGACAUCAUCCGUGGAGAGAAGACUACAUCCUUCAUCAAGGAUUACAAGGAGUUCAACGAUCACAAGAACGUCCACUUUGUCAUCCAGCUUGAUGAAAAGCACAUGAAAGCAACUCUCGAGGAAGGCAUUCUUGAGAGGUUCAAGCUGAAGAAGUCUAUUGGUACUACCAACCUCGUGGCUUUCGACGUUAACGGCCAGAUUCGGAAGUACGAGAAGGUGGAGGACAUCCUAGAGGAGUUCUAUCUCUACCGGUUCGGAAAAUACACGGAGCGCAAGUCUCACUGGCUAAAGGUGUUGGAUGCCGACUACAGGAAGCUCUGCAACCAGUAUCGCUUCGUCCAAGAAAUCAUGGAGGGCAAGCUGGUUGUCUCCAGGAAGAAGAAGGCAGUGCUUGUCGAAGAGCUCCGUGCCCGGAAGUAUGAGGCAUUCAGCAAGGCCGAGAAGAAGAUCAAGACUUCUGACGAAGAGGCCGAGGAGGAGCAGCAGCAAGCUGAGGAGGUUGCUGAGGACACCGACACUGGUUCUCGUGAUUAUGACUAUUUGCUUUCGAUGCCCAUCUAUUCGCUCACCAACGAGCGCCUGGAGAAGCUGAAGAAGGAGAUUGAGGCCAAGAAGGCCGAGCAUGACGAGCUUGAUAAGCUUAGCGAGAAAGACCUGUGGUGCAGAGACCUCGAUGACUUUGUCGAGGAGUGGGAGAACCAGAUCCGGCUCGAUGCCGAGAUCCAGACCACUAUCCGCCGCAUGGGCCGCCGCGUCUCCAAGAAGAUCGGCGCUGGCCGUGGUCGUCGUGCCAAGGAUGACGACGACUACAUGGAGAAGAAGCCGGCCAGGGCACCCAAGGCCCAGAUCCAGAAGGUGGAGACGAAGACCCAUCAGCGGUUCGCAGAGAUGUUCUCUGGCAAGCCCAAGGCCAAGCCUGCCGCAAGCGCAGGCAUGGAUGGUGCAUCUGAUGAGUUCUCAGAUGAUGACUUCGCGGCCCUUGGAAAGACCAAGACGGUCAAGAGGGAGUCACCUGAGGACUCUGAGCCGCCUGCUCCUUCGCAAGAUGCUGCCAAUGGCCGCGGCAAGCGCGCCGCGGCCUCCAAGGCCAAGACUUGGAUCAUCGAUGACGACUCGGACUCGGACAUGGAUGAUGACAAGAUGCUCGGCGAUGUUGGUGCCAUGGUCAAGGGCAUCGGCCAGUCGGCUGCCGAUGGCGCCAAUGGCAGGCUUAGUCUGUUUGCCAUGUCGCGGCCCGAGACGAGCAGCGGCGAGGGCAACAGCGCCUCGAGCCUUCCCAAGGUCCGGGCCAAGCCGUCCAAGACUUUUGACUUUGAUAGCCACGACGACACCAACUACGAGGCGCUAGCCUUGUCGUCGCCGCGCAAGUCUACCAAGGCCGAGGAGGUUGACGAUUUCCUGUCCGACGACGAUGACCUGCCCGCCCCUGCUGCGACGACCAAAGCCUCGUCGGCCGCCGCGGCGCCUCUCGUCGCCAAGAAGGGUCGUGGCCGCCCGGCUGGGGCCAAGAACAAGCCCAAGGAGGACAAGCCGGCCGCCACCAAGAAGGCGGCAGCGUCCAAGGCCAAGCCCGUCACCCUCUCUCCCGCCGCCAAGGCGUAUGCGGCUAAGAAGGCCAAGGCCAAGACCUUCAUCAGCAGCGACGAGGAGGACGAGGACAUGCCUGACCGGGACGAGUCCCCGGCCCCUGCACCGCGAGCCGCAGCCCGCGGUCGGCCCGGCAGGGCGGCGGCCGCCAAGGCCAAGCCCAUCUACAUUGAUGAUGAUGAGGAUGAAGACGAGGACUCGCUUGUGGUCGACGAGGAUGACGACGACAAGGACGAUGAGAGCGAUGAUUUUGCCAUGGACGAUAGCGACUGA